UCGCGCAAACACAUCCGGGUCAGUGGCCCAGCGCUGUGGUUUCCGUGGCUGAGGAGGUGGUCGCGGCGGGCGCUCUGCCCGGCUCUGCUAGCGCCGCGGCGGAAGCGCCUUCCCUCAGGUUGGUCUUUUAUAUUAAAUUUGUAGGACAUCAAUGCAAGCCUGAAGAAAAAGUAAUUGCUCCAUUUUAAGCCAUGGCAUAUCAGUUAUACAGAAAUACGACUUUGGGAAACAGUCUUCAAGAGAGCCUUGAUGAGCUCAUACAGUCUCAACAGAUCACCCCCCAGCUUGCCCUUCAAGUUCUGCUUCAGUUUGAUAAAGCUAUAAAUUCAGCAUUGGCUCAGAGAGUCAGGAACAGAGUCAAUUUCAGGGGCUCUCUAAAUACAUACAGAUUCUGCGAUAAUGUUUGGACUUUUGUAUUGAAUGAUGUUGAAUUCAGAGAGGUGACAGAACUUAUUAAAGUGGAUAAAGUGAAAAUUGUAGCCUGUGAUGGUAAAAAUACUGGCUCCAAUACUACGGAAUGAGUAGAGAAAUGCAGCUUGUUUAUGCCACCUUCUGUUAUUUUCAUCGAUUGUUGAAGAAAAACAUAGAAGAGACUUUUUUUUAAUUUAUUCUCACGGUGCAGAAAUGACAACACUGUGCUAUACUACCCAAGGGUUCCACAGAGGAAAAGCAUGUGACUCUGUUCUCUUUCAUGACCUUUAGUACACAACAGAAAGAAAUGUAACUUUUUUUUAUGACAAAUCAAAAGUGGUUGCCUUCCUAAGAAUAUUCUUCAAUAAACUUGUUUUAAAACUU